AUCACAAUUUUGUCAAUGAUCUCUCGAUUUACCUCGAUCUUGUAAUUUCCUAUCGUUUUCUCAUAUUCUGUUGGCGCUUGAAUUCAAAUCCGCCGCAUUCCAUUGAGUUUUCAGUGGUCUAUUUUUAAACUAGAAAAUAUGGCGGCUACGGUAGGCAGUCAUAUAUCGCGAUUUUAAACAAUUCGUGAAAUAAUUCGAUGAAUUCUAGUAACAAUACCAAAAUGUUGUGGAAAAAUGUUAUAAAACUGUGUUUAACAUUAUAAAUGAGUUGAAUAUUCUCUAAUUAUAGUUAUUUUAUAAGUUCAGUGACUGUGACGGAGUAGGUGCGAUUUAAAAUUCUGCUUUGAUUUAAAAUACCACAGCGGCAAAAUGGUUGUUGGAGAGCCAAAUAUAAAUAACAUCAUGAGUGGGCUGGAGAAUAACAGUGGGAUCAAACAGCACAAUCACAGAAAAAAGUUGAAACAAAGAUUCGAUCUUAUAAAGAAACUGGGACAAGGCACAUUUGGUAAAGUACAAUUAGGAAUAAACAAAGAAACUGGACAAGAGGUGGCUAUAAAAACAAUAAAAAAGUCAAAAAUAGAAUCAGAAGCAGACCUUGUUAGGAUACGGAGAGAAAUUCAAAUCAUGUCAUCUGUUCAACACCCUAAUAUUAUCCACAUAUACGAAGUUUUCGAGAAUAGAGAAAAAAUGGUGUUGGUAAUGGAAUAUGCAGCCGGUGGUGAGCUGUACGAUUAUCUUUCGGAAAGAAAGGUGCUGUCUGAAGAGGAAGCAAGGAGGAUAUUCAGACAGAUUGCCACUGCUUGCUACUAUUGUCACAAGCAUAAAAUUUGUCACAGAGAUUUAAAACUUGAAAAUAUUCUAUUAGAUGAGAACAAUAAUGCAAAGAUUGCAGAUUUUGGUUUGUCGAACGUAUUUGAUGAUCAAAGGCUGCUCAACACCUUCUGUGGUUCUCCCCUUUAUGCAUCUCCAGAAAUAGUCAAAGGUACACCUUACCAUGGACCAGAAGUUGACUGUUGGUCUUUAGGAGUACUUUUGUACACAUUGGUUUAUGGAGCUAUGCCUUUUGAUGGGAGUAAUUUCAAAAGACUGGUGAAACAAAUAUCUCAAGGAGAUUAUUUUGAACCUGCUAAGCCUAGUCCCGCCUCACCUUUGAUAAGAGAUAUGCUUACUGUUAAUCCAAAACACAGAGCAGACAUUGAAAAAAUUUGUAGUCACUGGUGGGUGAAUGAAAGUUAUGAGGAGAAUUGUCUAGAAAUAUCUGAAGAUCUGGCUAACCAGACGCCAGUUAGGUUAGAUCUUCUCCUUUCUUUAGCACCACCGCCUCCACAACUAGAAAGUGAUAAGCUAGUAGUAACAGAAGAUGUUGCCGAAGAUGCUGCUAAAAAUGAAGCCACAGCACCUACUAGAUCCCAGUCAGUUGGAAGUUUAAUGGAACUUUCACAUCCUGCAGAAAGAAGAAUUAAAGAGUUAUUACUAGAAGAAAAAUCUCCUAAGAGAAAGUUAGAAUCUACAGUUAGUACAGAUCGCGCUAACAUUGAUAAAGGACUUAAGAGAAAAGAUAAAAUAAUAAAGGAAAAUACAGUAGCUGAUAUUACUGUGCAUGGAGGUAUACAUGAAGUAGCUGAUAUGGACGAUGAAGAUAUGACCGAGGCUCUACCUCUAAACAAAUCAUUAACUCAAACUCUAUCCCGGGAUAUUAUGGAGGUAGACCCGACUGAAGAUCUUUCUCUGGAAGGUGCGGCAUGUUCAGAAUUAAUAGAGGAAGCCAAUAGAAAAGCAAUGAAAGAACCAACAAGAUUGAAAAGAAAUUUAACUACUACCUUAAGUUUUAAAUUAGAAGAUAUUAAUGAAACUCCUAGUCAAGAAAAUAUUGUAAAUAAUGUGAAUAAAGAAAAUGAAAAGCUAGAAGAAAAAGUAUCAUCAGAAAUAAUAAAACCGGUUGAGGAUAAAAAUGAGGAGAAAUCGGAAACCAAACCAACAAAGAAAAAAAUUGUUAAAAAGAAGGUUUUAACAGAUAAGAAUGAAAAUAACGAAGAAAAAGAACAAAUACAAUCAUCUAUUCAGCCAAAGGAAAUUACUGAAAGAGAACCAAAAUCAGAAGUACCUGUAAGCAAAGAAAAUAAUGAAGAACCUUCAGAAACACCUACUAAACCUGUAGAAAGGCGGAGGUCUAGAAUAUUUGAAGCUGCUGAAAAAUUCCAGAAUAUGAUGAGUCCAACCGAAACCCACAAAGCUCCUAUUGAAAAGCCAAAGAAAAUCAUAAUUCCAGGUGUGAGUGUGGAUGGUUUCAAAAAAGAAUUUGAACGAAAAGCCAGUUUAACCUCAUCCUCUGUUCCAAAACUGAAGAAUGAUCCUUCCAAAAAGUCCUUCGGCAUAGACAAACAGAAAUCUGUUGAAUCUUCACCUCAACCCAUUGAAACUUCGUCUGCAACAGAAAAGACGGUUGAUGAGAAACAAGAAAAAAUCGAAUCAGAAGUUGAAAAUAAGGAUACUACAGAAACUGUGAUUGUAGAUGAAAGGAAAGAAAAAGUACGAAAUGCUGUGAGUAUAAUAUCAAGUGCCUUAGAUAAAGAAGGAGCAAGAAAAUCUAAAUCGAGACCAUGCAUGGUGAGGAAACCUCCGGUACCAUUUGGUGUGAGUGGAAGAUCGGCCUCAGGAAAUAUUGGUACAAUAUCAAGUAAUCUUAUGGCUCCUGUUGGUCCUAAACCAUUUGUUAGACCUCAAUUCGAUAAGGUGGAACCUCGCCAAGUACAAGAGGCACCACACGAAGUUCAGGACGAGAAGGUAUCUUCCGCUGAAAUCACUUUGAAAUCAGCCACUCUACCUCGACGUAAAACAACGAAAGCUGAGAUUCAGUUGAACUACCCCUCAUCUAAACCUGCCACAAUGGAAUUCAAGACUGAAAUGGCUCACCCUGUAGAGGCUCCACCGAAAUAUUCCACGCAACGAAGCGAAGUCAUCGUACCGAUUACUGGACGACCUACCGUUAAUUUUAGAGCAUCAUCUUUGGAGCCAGAAAGUGUAACCAAAGCAAGAGAAAGAAUCAUACCGAUUGCCUUUGAGAGAAUCGAUCAUAAUCAAGAUUCGAAGAGUCAACAGUCUCCACCUGUCAAACCUUCCGUUCCUAAACCUUUUCAAACGCAAAGAUCAACUUUCUCUCAGAGAUCAUCUAGUUUGUCCCGACAAUCUACGCAAGACUCCGAUACCGAAACUAUCACCUCAGGGGAACCUAUCAAGAAAUCUGCUAGGGAGUAUAUUAUUCCAAUUGCAAUCGAAGGUGGAGGUUAUGUUACUCCCAGGGCAGGUAGCUUGGAACCUAGCGAAUCAACAAAUAAUGCAUCUACUAGGAUGAAGAGUACUUUUGUGAAACCUAGGAGGUUUAACUCCAGACUGAGUGAUAGAGACUCUGAAGACGAAUCACCCUUCACCAAUCUUCAUCGACAUAGUUCGUUUGGCAAAGACAGUGAUACUGAAGAUUCUAGAAGAGAUGCUUUCCAUAUGCAUAGACUACGGAGUACAAGGCCUAAAAAAGCUAGUAUUGAACAUGCUGAUUCCAUUAGUUCAGGAGAAGAUGACGAUGACGAUGGCUUUGAUAAUUUGACAGCUGAAAAUUUGUUCUCGACAUUGCUUUCGAGGGUAAGAGAUUUGACACAGAGGCUCAAUGUAGAAGAUGGAGGCAGACCAGGUUUUCCAAGUAGCAGGUUAUUGAGUCACUUUGAUCAUGGUACGAAUUUUUGGAAUAUGCACAAUAGAAUGGACCCCUUUUCAAGGCAUGGUACUUUAGGAAGAAGCUUAGGUCGUGAAAGGUCAACAGAACGUUCUUACAACACACCCUGGCGUAGAAGUGUUAGUAGGGAUUUAGCUUCUGACAUUGAUACAGUAAUGGGCGAUAGGGAUGUACCACGUGGAGAUAAGAACACGAAGAAAGAAAAUCUCAAUUUAGCGGAUUUGGAUCUCAAAAAACUUAACCUUUCCGAGGAAGAAUCUAUGGCUUUAUCUUAUCUAACCCCUGCACUAACCAGAAGAAUGCAGAAGCAAUUGCUAGCUCAGCUUGCCCCCUCGGAAGUUAGGAAAUUACAUCGCACACUAUCUUCUAGAAAUUCGUCUGAUAACAAUCCCUACGAACCACGUAGAAAUGCCAACAGUAUGCUUAAUCGUAGAUCUGUAGACCGCUUAUCAUCUACCUUACCAAGGAAAUAUUCCAACGACAACUCUGGAACAAAAGCGGUCUCCGGUUUAGAUGAAAAGAUUUUGAUAGAUUCUGAUAGAAACAAGGAAUUUGAUGUGGACAAAGUGAAAUCCUUCUUACCCAUUAAAUCCUAUAUGAGAAAUGAUAGGAAGUCUCCGUUUAGAGACAAUCAAACAAAUGAAAACGAUAGUACAGUUCUUGGACUAAAAACAACAAGAUCAACACCUAAUCGUGAGACCAGACCUUAUUUCAGGACUAGAACAGAUGCGAACGUCAUAUAUAGUCCAGAUUCAAGCUUAUCAGAGAGCCUUUCUUCAUGUGCGAGGGACCCUGAAAGUGAGCUAAGUUCAAGAGGUUUAUCUACUGAUAGCUACUCAUCUAUAUACCGUCCAUCUUCGUCAUCAAGAACAGAUGAUAUUGGUUCUCGAUAUUCUAGACCUAAUAAAUCUUAUGAAAGUACUCAAACUGUUACCAAUUCUAGUAGUUCUUCCAAGACUGAUAUUAAAAAACCGUCCUCUACUAAACGCAUUUCUAGAUUCUUAAGACCAGACUUCUUCGAUCCACCAAAAGAUGAUAAUAUUGUUGUUAAGGAGAAAAAAGAGAGGGAGAUUGAAACACAGAAAGUUCUGAAAGAAAUAAGAGACAAGAGAAAGGAAAGACUUGGCGUUAGAAAACGAUCGCCGACAAAAGAAAAAAGUUUAGAUUCCGAUUAUUCCAAUUGUGAAAAUUCUCUAAGUACUACCAGCAGCUUUAAAGAAACAGAAUCAAGUUCAACGCAUAUUCCUGAAUAUGGAAAAGUGAAAAAUGAAGUCAAAUUUGUAGAUAAUAAAAUAUUAGAAAAAAAUACUAAGGUACCCGAUUAUGCAAAUGUUCCAACAAACACACCUGAUGCAGGAAAGAAAACUAGGAUAUCUCGAAUUGCUCGACCUAAAAGCUAUCCAGCUGAGUCUACGAUAAAGCCAGUUUCAAGAAUUCCUGAAAAAGCAAAAAUUUCGCCAGAAAAAGAAUCGAAAUUGAGUAAAUUUAGAAAAGGCUUUGUAAAGAAGGAAUCAAAGGAAAAGAGCAAAGAAGAUAAGAAUGAAACUAAUAAAAAUAUAAAUGAAGAAGAAAAAGUACACAAAAAUAAAUUACUUCAUUCGAUAGAGAAAAAAUUAGAAAAAUUCCGAUCUUCACCAGAUAAAAUGAAGGAGAACUCUGCUGUUGAAAAUACCAUAAGAAAAUUAAGAGAGCAAAGCUUACCAAAAAAUUUAGAACAUUGUACUGAGUCUGGUCUGAUAAAAAGGGCAGUGUCAGUCGAAGAUCUUUCAAAUGUGCAACGUGAUAAACCAUUACAAGCUUCGAAAAAAUCUGUCACUAAAAUUUUAGGUCUGUUUAAAAAAUACGAAGAAUCUGAAAAUAAAAAAAAUGAGAAAAUCGUGAAAAAGAAAAAGGUUAAAACCAAAACUGAAUCUAAAUCUAAAACUUCGUCAAAUUCCCUUGAAAUUAAUAAUGAUAUAAAAACUAAUAUUGAUGAAAAAGCUAAAAAAGCACAAAAGGAAGAAAUUACCGUUGAUAUCCCUAAGCCUACUACAUCUGAAUCGGUGGAUGAAGUUCAAGAGUCUGGAAAAACUAGAUGUGUUGAUGAAGUUAAAGUUACAACUAGAGAACUCAAGCCAAGGCAAUCGAAAUUGCCGGUAACUUCAUUCAGAAGAAGUUUGAAUCUGGAUAAUGUAGGACAAGAUUCAUCAAAGCCUGCUAUAGAAAGUGAAAUAGGAAGAGAGAAAAAAGACAAUGAUAAACCGGAUAAAGAAAGUCUGAGGUUAGAUUUUUCCAAGAUUAGAGGAAGUAAAACAGAACCUGGGAUAUCGGAACACAUGCCUUCAACUAGUUACGAAUAUAGUAGAGGAGUAGAGCAUAAGAGAAAUUCAUUUGGUACUGCACAUAGUUCUCAUUAUCUCUCACCUUCAGACGAUAUGAGCUGUGAUUCUUGGUCAAUUUGCUCCGAUGCCCAUUCACCUUUAUCACCUAAUGGUCAGAUCUAUUCGGGUGAUGAAAGUGAAUCCGUGAUUGAUAGAAUUAGACGAAAAAGUUUUUAUACAAGAUUUAACGAAAAGAAAAAGCCGCAUACUAAAAGUUUCAUCAAAAGUUACAGAGAUUUAGACUUGUACAAAGAUUUAGGACUGAGGGCACCUAAUAACUAUGGAUCUUUAGAUCGCAAAUCAUAUAAUUACGAUAAGUUUGAUCGUAUUUCUAAUCAUAACCAUUCAACCACCCAAAUAAAGAAAGAAUAUAGACCUUACAAUAGAAGUGCUUCAGUUUUGAAUGAUUAUGUCAACGUAGUGGGUCAAUACCAACCGUAUAAUUCGAAAUUGAACUAUACAUCAAGUUUAUAUUCGGAUUCUGAAAGUACUUUGGAUGAAGACAAUUCAGCUGCAAAAUUGAGGAACAGUUCUCUGUUGAAGCCAUCAACAUUUCACAGAUUGGCAUCCAAGUCUCCCAGCAGUGAGAGAAUACACAUUGAGACAUCCACAUCUUCUGUAGUUCCUCCUUCAACUAACUUCACCAGACUACAUUGAUGCUGAUCAUUGGAUAAAGUUUGUUGACUAUGAGCAAUUAUCAAAAGUAUAUUUUUUCAUUUAUCACCAUUAUUUUGAUUUAUUUCCUCUAUUUAUCUUUUUUUCACAAACUCAUCCUUUGAGUUUCAGAAUUCUAUGUAGUGCCAAAUGUAUAAUAUUCAAUGAAUGUUUGAUAUAUGACAGUUAAACUUAUUUUUUUAGUAAAUAUUUAUUUACAAUUAUAGAAAGGAUUCAUUCAUGUCUUGAUGUUUUUCAUUGACUUUCAUUUUGUUCCUACAUAUUCCUCCUUUGAAGUAAACAUCGAGAAACUAUGUUUAAAAUGUAAUUAAUCCAAAUGUACACUGCUGCUCUUGAAAAGUUAUGUUUAAUCACUGCCAUCUUUAGUAUUUGCUUGAUUUUCGUUCAGAAAAAGCUAUAUUUGAAUUAACAUAAAAUUAUUUAGGUUUUGUAAUUAUUUAUUUCAAACAGUAUGUAUACAUUCUUAAUUGGAAUUUCAUUUUUCAAAUUGAAAUACUCCUUGGCAGCAUAUUAUUUAAUCCACUAUAUUUUCUUCGUGGGUGCCCUUACUGUACUUCAUCCCAAAGAAGUUAAUGAGAAAUAAAAAGAUUUCUUUUAUCUGUGAAUAUUUAUCCUCAGUUGAAUACAUUGAACUGUGCGAUGUUUUACAUUUUAGUUACACUUAUACUCAUCUAAAUUGAGAUUUUUUCAAAUUAUUUCAUAAAUAGUUAUUAAAUAUUUAUGCUUUAUUUAUACAGAGUGUCCCUUUUCUGUUAUUGAAGUGUAUGUAAAUGUUGUUUGCUUUUUUUAAUCUAAAAAAUUUAUUUAUUAAGUUUAUCUUGUUUGCAGUUUUAGUUAUUUAUUUCAAGUACUUAUUUAUGGAUAAUUUUUGGAUUGAAUACAAAAUAUGAUGCGAAAAUUAAUACCUUCACAUUAAAAUACUGUUAAAUAUUUGAUAUUUUAAUAAUCAGUUGAACUUGAAGAUCUUCUCACAAUGACACCUCCUUACUCCUGUUAGUUUUUUGUAGAGAACGAUUUAAGUUGAGUUUGUGUGAAUUGUUAGAAUCCUGUAUGUUGAAUUUGAGAUUUUAUAGAAAAUAAAAGAUAUAUUUUAA